AAAGUGAUUGGAGAAAGGGGUAGUUAACGGUAUUAUUGUGGAAGUUGAGGGAACUUAUGGACUAAAUAAAUGAAUCUAAAGUGAAGAUUAGAAAGAUAUAUUUUAUUACUCGGAGGAUCCGCGACGACUCAGUUCUGAUCCAUUUCUCUCUCCCGCCCCUUUUUUCGCCACCAUCCCCCACCCUCCCGAUUUCUUCUCCGACGACCAACUCUGGAAUCUCCAAACUCACGCCCACGCUGCAUUGUUCUUUUCUCCGGCGGAUUUCUCUUCAGCUAGCUUCAAGGCGGCGGUGCUACUCAAGCUCACGACAGUGACGACAGAAACCCGCGCCUUUCACCCCUCAACUGGCAGUGACAAGGCUUUUCUUGACCGAUUAUAAACCGGACACCGCUUUUGCCCUCAAUUCAGUUUGUACAGAGCUUGAAGAAGACAAAACGGCGAAAUCGAACUUAUUCGAUUAAGAACCAAACUAAAUUUGAUGCUGUUUGCCGUCUUUUAGUAGAUUCGUACUUCCAGCAGCAAUCACGAGUCAAUUUUGUUGGAUAUACAAAACAUGGACUAAGGAGUGUUCAAAGUUCAUUUGGUAAGAUUCGUACUUGCAAGCGUUUGUAAGUAAUAAGUGUAAAAUGGAGGUUCCUCUAUUGGAUGAGACGGUGGAGGGUGCAGUUGAUUACAAUGGCAACCCAGUCUGUAGAUCCAAUUCCGGCGGCUGGAGAUCUGCCUCCCUCAUUAUAGGAGUGGAGGUUGCUGAGAGAUUUGCCUACUAUGGAGUUUCCUCCAACUUGAUUAACUUCUUGACGGACCAGCUUCAGCAGUCAACGGUCACGGCAGCUAAGAAUGUCAAUGCCUGGUCCGGUACCGCCUCCUUGCUACCUUUACUCGGCGCCUUUCUGGCUGAUUCAUUCCUAGGACGAUACUGGACUAUUGUUCUUUCCUCUGCCCUCUACAUUCUGGGCCUUGGGUUGUUGACCAUGUCUGCAUUGAUAUCUUCUCCAAGCACUUCUGCCUGCCAACAGACUGAAAAAUCCUUACCAUGUUCUCCCAAUCUUUUCCAAGUUAUUUUGUUUUUCUUCUCCUUAUAUUUGGUCGGAUUGGCUCAAGGGGGACACAAGCCUUGCGUCCAAGCUUUUGGAGCCGACCAAUUUGAUGGACAACAUCCAGAAGAGAGCAUAUCUAAAAGCUCUUUCUUCAAUUGGUGGUAUUUUGGUAUCUCUUUGGCCACUUUUGCAACUGUUAAUAUCUUGAACUAUGUGCAAGAUAACCUCAGCUGGAGUCUUGGUUUUGGAAUUCCUUGUAUUGCUAUGGUUUUAGCACUUGUAGUCUUCUUCCUUGGAACUAGGACGUACAGGUUCAGUAACAGAGGGGAUGAGGAAAACCCAUUUGUAAGAAUUGGACGGGUGUUUAUCACUGCAGUAAAAAAUUGGCGAGUGAAUUCUUCAGAAAUGGCUCGUGAAGAGGAAAUCCGUGGCCUUUUACCUCACCAUAGCUCUAAACAGUUGAGGUUUCUCGAUAAGGCUUUGAUCGCACCUAAUAGUUUGAAGGAAGACGGUCGUGCAUGUAGCAUCAGUGAAGUUGAGGAAGCAAAAGCAGUCCUGAGGCUUGUUCCGAUAUGGGUGACAUGCUUAGCAUUUGCUAUUGUAUUCUCUCAGUCAUCAACUUUCUUUACAAAACAAGGAGUCACAAUGGAUAGAUCAAUAGCUUUUGGGUUUGAAGUACCGGCUGCUUCACUUCAAUCUUUUAUCAGUCUAGCCAUUGUCAUUUCCCUUAUGAUAUAUGAUCGCAUACUCAUUCCGAUUGCAAGAAAUUUCACUGGGAAACCUUCUGGAAUAACAACGCUACAAAGAAUUGGAUUUGGGAUGCUACUAUCUGCUAUUUCCAUGGUCAUUGCUGCAUUAGUUGAGAUUAAAAGGCUUAAAACAGCUCAAGAAUAUGGUUUGGUUGAUCUGCCUAAGGCGACUGUUCCUUUGAGUAUAUGGUGGCUGGUUCCUCAGUAUGUUCUGUUUGGAGUUGCCGAUGCUUUCACCAUGGUUGGGUUGCAGGAGUUUUUUUAUGACCAAGUUCCGAGUGGAUUAAGAAGCAUUGGUCUCUCCUUGUAUUUGAGUAUCUUUGGGAUUGGCAACUUUUUAAGCAGCUUUCUCAUCUCUGCCAUUGAAAAAUUAACUAGUGGGAAUGGCAAACAGAGUUGGUUUGACAAUAAUCUCAACAAAGCUCAUCUCGAUUACUUCUACUGGUUACUUGUUGGACUUAGUGCUCUUGGGUUGGCUGCUUUCUUAUUUUCUACCAGAACUUACAUCUAUAACAAGGGGAACACCAUGUAAGUAUAAUUUGGUAGGGUGUAUUUGGUCUGAGGAGUUAGAGAAAUAGGAGUUGGGAAGUGAAAGUAGUAAGCUCCAAUUUCGUUUGUUCUAAGGGAAUUUGUUGGUCUCACUAUCGAAAAACAUCAAUUUUGUAUAUUAUCUACUAUUUAAGUUGUGGGUGGAGAGUUCCCGAAUCCCUAGAUUUCAGGAUUCCUUAGAACUCACUAUUCCAUUUCUUACAAAUCCAUGGGAUGAAAAUGCAUCUUUUUGUACUGCAAUGCAACAGCUUGAAUUUUUUUGGGAAUCCUAUUUUUAAAGUCGUUUUCAUA